GGGCUUUGCUGCAUAACUAAAAUGAAUUAGGAGCGGACGGCCCAGACCACAAAACAAAAUAUAUAACAAGUUGUUAUAAACCCAACACCAGCACCGCCACAUCCUAGGGUUUGCAUUCGCCGCCUCUGUCGAAAAAGCCGGCGCAAUGAAGACGAUCCUGUCAUCGGAGACCAUGGACAUCCCGGAGGGGAUCACCAUCAAAAUCAAAGCCAAGGUCAUCGAAGUGGAAGGUCCACGUGGCAAGCUGACUCGCAACUUCAAGCAUUUGAAUCUCGAUUUUGACCUCAUCACUGACGAGACAACUGGUCAGAAGAAGCUCAAAGUCGAUGCUUGGUUCGGAUCUCGCAAGACCACGGCGGCUAUUCGUACGGCUCUCAGCCACGUCAACAAUCUUAUUGUUGGGGUGACCAAGGGCUAUAGAUACAAGAUGAGAUUUGUGUAUGCUCAUUUUCCUAUCAAUGCGAGUAUCGGUGGUGCGAGUAAUGCUAUUGAGAUCCGGAACUUUCUCGGCGAGAAAAAGGUGAGGAAAGUUCAGAUGCUUGAUGGGGUUACGAUUACUAGGUCCGAAAAAGUGAAGGACGAGAUUGUCCUGGAUGGUAAUGAUAUUGAACUCGUUUCACGGUCAGCUGCCCUGAUUAACCAGAAAUGUCAUGUCAAGAAGAAGGAUAUCAGGAAGUUUCUUGACGGUAUCUAUGUCAGUGAGAAGGGAACGAUUGUGACCGAGACCGAGUAAUUAGGCAGUAGUUUCUCAUUCAUUAUCGUUUCUCGUCUUUAUCACAAUGUUUGUACCUUUAAGUUCAUUUGAACAGCCUAUCUUAAGUUUUGAGUUAAAGAUUUUGUGAUCCGCCUUUUGGGAUAUAUAUAAUGAAGUUAAAUGGAUUGGUAGUUUGUUCAAGGA